AUGCUUUUUGCAUGUGAGGAAACCCAUGUGUUUUUAUUUUUGUCUUUGUCUUAUCUUCCUUUCCAUCCUAUCGUGGAGUUUUACCGGGUGCAUAGGGAAUAGGGUCUGGGUAUGUAAAGUAGCAUCUCUCGUGGUAUGAUAUGCGGGGGAUGUGGGGGUUUUGUACGAGUAGGGUGUAAUAUCAUGUGUUCCUCCUGCUUGAGGAUUUCUGGUGCUAUUCUAUUAUAUUAAAUGGGGAGAAUGUCUCACGCCAA